AUGAGAGUCUCCCCGUUGUUGACGCUGCUUUCGGCGCUCGCUGCCACGGGCUUGACUUUCGUAUGUCUGCUGGCCGGGUACACCACCACCACACUUGCCGAUAUUGAUAUGUUUAAUCUCAACAUAUCACAAAUAGCACAUACCAAAUUCAACAACGGCACCGGCAACGGAUGCAAUUGCGUCGAGUUCGUUGACGGCGUCCUCACGGUAAACGGGACCGCCGUCGUCAACGGGACCCUCAAUGUGGGGUAUGCUGAACUGGAUGUCUUCGAAUACUACUCGGUCUAUGUCAUCAACUACUGCGAGGGCAGCUACCUGCCGUCGUACCAGGACAACGAUGCGAACGCCGUCAUCACUCGGUGCGAGAAGCCGUCAUUGACGCGGCAUUUCGACCUCGUUGAUAUCCUGGAGAAAGCCAUGAAGGACCUCGGCAGCGCCCUCGGGGAGGAUAUUUCGUUCGACGACCUGGACUGGCCUAACGGCAUCACCAGUGCAUUUGUCUAUGCACAGUCUGCGGGGUCGGCCAUGGUCGUGUUCUUUAUCAUUGGGCUUGCCUGCCUAAUCCUUGCGUCCCUGGCGGCACUGUGGUGCUUGUUCACAACCAACAGAACGGCCGUCAAGUUCCUCCUCAUUACCUCUGUGCUUGCUUUACUGAGUCUGACAAUCUGUGCCGGCAUCACGACGGCUAUAAUCACCAUUGUCGUCAACGGCGUCAACGCCAACGGCGAGGACAUUGGUGUCUCGGCCAAACAAGGCAACGCCUUUCUAGCCCUGGUGUGGAUCGCGGUCGCCCUGCUCCUCAUCUCGACCUUGACGUCAAGCAUCACCCUCUGCGUCGGGCCUAGCCGGCGAACUCACACUCGACUGCGAGAGCCCGAAGCAUACGACAUGCCGCCCGUCAUGUUCAAGCGGAGGAAGGCCCCGUACUACAUGAGCCCUCCCGAUUCGAGUUACUGGGACAGCUUCUCGUCCCGACGGAUGCUGGUGGAUCCACGCGACCGCGACCGUGAUCGCGAGGAUGACUAUUAUGGCUAUGGCGAAGAAUUUAGAUAA